UCUGUAUUGGUAGUGAUUGGUAGGUGGACCGCGGAAUUGGGCGGAAUGUGUAUCCGUUCGCGCGAGAAAGUCGAGACAAGCGGAGUGAUUCAGAGGCAAUUCGGAUUUCGGGGUCGAGUUGAUCAAGCAGAUCCGAACGGCCUGGAACAGCCUCAGUUCUGCAGGAAUCCUUUCUUCCGUGAUCUCUGAUACGUGUGGAUACAUGACGACAAGGUACCGUGACCGUCGAUUGCAGUUGAUCUCCGGCAGGAUGUUAUGAGCAUUUGUGAGUCGGACCUUCUUUCGAGGUUUCAAGAUCACACUUGGUAUGUUGCUGUCACAAUUGGCGAUUUUUUAAGCCCCGGCACGAAAAGGUCACGGGCCUUCGUCGUUGAAAAAUCUUGAAGAUCGCUAUCACGUCGUCCUUUUUUGCUCUUCCCGACGGGAUAUCGUCUAAAUAGGAUUGAAUAAUUUCUCAUUCGUCUCGCGAACGAUGCUGUCGCUCGUGAUGGUAGAUUGUGUAUCUAAACGGCAGAUCCUGCUUCUUCUGUUUGUACUAAGUCAAACUAGUCAUGGCCACGACGAAGAUGCACAUACUCUUCGGUAUACCCACGACAACUUUUCCAUGGAAGUUGGCAAGAAAAAUCACUUCGUCAUGUUCUAUGCGCCAUGGUGUGGUCAUUGUCAAAGACUUAGCCCCACAUGGGAGCAGUUGGCAGAGAUCUCGAAUGAGGAGGACAGUAAUAUAAGAAUCGCCAAGGUGGAUUGCACAACCGAGAGCGUUUUGUGCAGCGAGCAAGAUGUUACUGGCUACCCUACGUUGAAGUUUUACAAAACUGGGGAAACUAAAGGCAUCAAGUUCCGAGGCACUCGUGAUUUACCUACAUUGACUUCUUUUAUUAAUGAUCAACUGGGUAGUUCAAUGGUUGAAGAUGUCAUGCCGACUCCUCCGGAAGCAGUGAAUGGAUUACUGGAAUUAACGGAAGAUACGUUUGAGAAACACGUAUCUUCUGGACAUCAUUUUGUCAAGUUUUACGCGCCCUGGUGUGGACACUGUCAGAAAUUAGCUCCAACUUGGGAUGAGUUAGCCAACAGUCUUCGCAACGACGAUGUAGUCAGUAUUUCUAAGAUAGAUUGUACACAGCAUCGUAGCAUUUGCGGCCAGUUUGACAUUAAGGGAUAUCCUACAUUGCUAUGGAUUGAAGAUGGAAAAAAGGUGGAUAAAUAUACUGGCCAGCGUACUCACGAAGAGUUGAAAGCUUAUGUGUCAAUGAUGCUGGGUAAGAAUGCAGAGAAUGAGUUAAGCCGGAAGCUUGAGAAUACUGACGGAAUCCCGAAUGCUAUAUUGAGUUUGACGGCUGAUAGUUUCAAACAAGGUAUCGAAAAGGGCCUUUCAUUCGUCAAGUUCUUCGCACCCUGGUGUGGACAUUGCAAACGUCUGGCUCCUACGUGGGAAGAGCUGGGUAAGAAGUUCUUCGGCAACGACAAUGUGAACAUUAUCAAAGUCGAUUGUACACUCGACGUAAGUAAACAAUUGUGCAAUGAACAAGAGGUGGAUGGUUUCCCAACUUUGUACUUAUAUCGUAAUGGACGCAAAGUCUCGGAAUACAAUGGCUCGCGUAAUCUCGACGAUCUGUACGACUUCGUAAUGAAUCACAUGAAAACGCAUGACGAAUUGUAAUUUUGUUUGUUGUUAAAGCACCGAGAUAGGUGUGUGUGUGCGUGCGCGCGCGCGCGAGA